AUGGAAAUCAAUGAUGAUGCUAAUAAUGAGCCUAUAGUGAUUAGCGAUGAUGAGCAAGAAAUGGAGGUAGAUGAUGAGCCUAUUGAAAUAAGCGAUGAUGAGCAAGAAAUGGAGGCUAAUGAGCCUGUUAGGAUUGAACUGCUUGUGAAUUUCAUAACAAAACUGCGCCAAAAAUGUGCUCCAACCGAUGAAACUGAGACAUUUCAUGAUAGCCAUGAUGCAGUGGACAUCGACAAUCGCUUAGUGACAUUUGAAAACGAUAAAUUGAAAGUGCAGGUGAAAUCCCUCAAGCAGGAACUAGAACCUGAACUCCCCAAUGGACCUACAACCACUACUACUACAGUUGAAGUACAAAUACAUAGUGUAGUGCUAAAAGUGAAGCACGUAUUUCCGAACGAUGAAAUCAAACUACAACUGAUGCAACCCAUAAAAAAUUAUACACCUAUACUGAUUUCAUUCAGGAAAUGGGACCUCAGCCAAUUGCCUGCUCUUACAAACGGCGCGAAAAGUGAGAUUUGGGCAGUCAAAACGAGUGCUUCGGUGGAACGUCCUCGGUACGUUAUUGUGUGCUCCCAGAAAUCUAAACGUGACAAUGCAGAAGCUGAUGCUACCCACUCUGAUAACACGGGCAAAGUUAGUAUCAGAUUAGCCCUCAAUGGUGAAUAUUGGCCUGAUGAGAGAAUGCAGCUGGAUUUUGCUAAACAAGACUACACCCUUGCUUACUACAACUAUACCAGGUUCUAUUCGAGCUAUUCACAUUCGGCGGUGGUUCACUCAAUCUUGGAUUAUGAAGAAUUCAAACAGCAUGCAUUAUUUGUGAUUGAUUGCUCGAGGCAGAAAGAGACCAUGAAAUCAUGGACAGUUGAUAUAAAGCUUGAAAUCGAAGCCGAUAAAGGAUUCCCUGCUGACACCAAAGCCUAUUGCAUCAUCGUACAUUACUGUCUGCUAGAGUACUUUCCUCUAACGGAAGUCGUCAGAACCUUGAUUUGA